AUGCCGUGCCCACAUGCGUUGGCGGUUGUGACAAAGGAAGGAAUGAGUGCGUACGAGUAUUGCUCAGUAUUCUUUAGUAUUGAUUACAUGUUAAAAACCUAUGAACAAGGGGUAUUUCCUAUACCCAACGAGAGCAAUUGGCACAUUCCUAGAGAAAUAUUAGAAGAAGUCGUGCUACCACCAGUUGGUCAAGUUCAGCCAGGAAGGCCAAAAAAGUGUCGAUGGCAGACAGCUGCGGAAAUACAAUCCAAGAAAUCCAAAGUUUCUUGCGGUAUAUGUGGACAGUAUGGCCAUAACAGGAAAACAUGCAGAAAUCUUCCAAAAAGAGAUUGA